CAUUUCCCAAUCCGAAGAAGCACUCUCUACUCUCUGUUCUCUAUCGCCGAGAGUAUCAAUUCAGUCACGUAUCCAGUUCUGAACCUGCUGACAACCAUUCAGUUCCCACCCUAUUUCUCGCGUGUGGCAGCUCGCGCGUAUCCGCGAGGGGUGGUUACAAAGGAAUACGACAUUAUGUGUGUUCUUACAUGGAAUACAGCUGUUCUUGACUUCACGUGUAGCUGGACUGAAAACAACAUGGUUCUCACAAAAGCAUACUUAAGAUACGUGCAGUCCGCUUGUUUUGGCGUUGUCUGUAGCGUAAAAGCGAAUAUUGUGUUCGUCAGGAGACGGGCUAACCAGGCAAGCAAGCAAGUCACGCUGUAUGCAGUUUGUCCAACGCUGGAGAGUGUUGUUGUUUGGGAUGUGAGGCGAGGAGAAAAGGUUUCUGUACUGAAGGGAGACAAACAUGAAGUGACGGCUCUACGAGUCAGUCCUGAUCAACAAAUUCUAGCUGUUGGCUAUGAAGAUGGAACAGUCAAGCUGUGGAAAUUAGAAGAUAAAAGUUGUCAAGUAACCUUCAGUGGCCACAAGACAGCAGUCUCUGUACUUACAUUUGACGAUUCUGGUGGAAGGCUAGUUUCUGGAUCAAGGGACACUGACGUUAUUGUUUGGGACACUGUUAAUGAAGCAGGUAUUUACCGUCUUAAAGGCCACAAAGGACUUAUAACACAAUGUUCUUUCAUGAGAAGUCAGAAUAUCCUGAUAACAAGUUCUAAGGACAGUUUUGUUAAGUUCUGGGAUCUUGACACACAACACUGUUUUCUUACUCUUGUUGGUCACAGGAGUGAGGUUUGGGGCUUUACUGUGUCCCAUGAUGAAACAAGGUUGAUAACUGGAUGUUCAGACAGUGAAUUAAGAGUUUGGAAGAUUAAUAGUGGGACUGAGAGUGAUGCAGAGGAAUCCAGAAAAAACAGUGAGAAGCAAGAUGGAAAGCGAAGUGCCAAAGAAGCAGAAUUAGAUGAAGAAUCAGAAGCAAAAACAACUGAGGGAGGUCCGCUGUCUUGUACACUUAUUGGCUCAAUUUUUCGUCACAGCCAUGAAAGAGUGGUAGCAGUAAUGGCUGAUUCCUCACAAACCUUCUUAGGAUGUCUGGGCAAUGAUUCACAGCUUGAACUGUUCAAAAUUUUAAAUGACGAAGAAAUCCAGAAACAUCUACAAAAGAAAUUAAAGAGGCAAAGGAAAAAAGCAAGAAAAGAAAACAGUGAAAAGGAAUUAGAAUUAGAUCUGGAAGUUACAAGAACAGUAGAAGAUGAACUUCAAAGAAUACAUUCUCUUAAACUGCGUUCUAAGAUCAAAUCCUUUGACUUGUACUAUGAUAAAACUGCUGAAGAAUUAAAGGUAUUUUCCCUGCCUUUUCGAUUUUCUAAGGACAGUUUUGUAAAGUUCUGGGAUCUUGACACACAACACUGUUUUCUUACUCUUGUUGGUCACAGGAGUGAGGUUUGGGGCUUUACUGUGUCCCAUGAUGAAACAAGGUUGAUAACUGGAUGUUCAGACAGUGAAUUAAGAGUUUGGAAGAUUAAUAGUGGGACUGAGAGUGAUGCAGAGGAAUCCAGAAAAAACAGUGAGAAGCAAGAUGGAAAGCGAAGUGCCAAAGAAGCAGAAUUAGAUGAAGAAUCAGAAGCAAAAACAACUGAGGAUGUCUGGAAAAAAGCAAGAAAAGAAAACAUUGAAAAGGAAUUAGAAUUAGAUCUGGAAGUUACAAGAACAGUAGAAGAUGAACUUCAAAGAAUACAUUCUCUUAAACUGCGUUCUAAGAUCAAAUCCUUUGACUUGUACUAUGAUAAAACUGCUGAAGAAUUAAAGGUUCUUUUAUUACUCCAAAACAAUACUGUUCAGUUAUACUCAGUUACUCUGAAACCAGUCGAAUCAUCUUGUGUGUCAUCUGUAACACUACCUGGCCACAGAUCUGAUGUCAGAACUCUAUGCUUUAACUCGGAUGGCUCCUGCUUAUUGUCAGGCUCGCAGGAGUCAAUUAAAGUCUGGAACAGAUCAUCACGCCAACCGAUAAGAACAGUGACAACAGGCUAUGCACUCAGUUCCAUGUUUGUGCCAGGAGACAAGCAUGUCAUCAUCGGAACCAAGGCUGGCAAGCUAGAGAUUUAUGACAUAUCAUCUGGUCAGUUAUUGGAGGCAGUAGAUGCUCAUGAGGGUCCAGUGUGGUCUGUUUCCUUAGCCUCUGACAAACGUGGCUUUGUGUCUGGAAGUGGAGACUCUACUGUCAAGUUUUGGGAGUUUGAGCUGGUGUCAGAUGCCCAGCACUCUCAAGUUAGUAAAAGACUGAGCAUCAUUCAUGUGCAGACAUUAAAACUGAAGGAGGAGGUUCUGUGUGUGAAGUACAGUGCUAAUCAAAGACUGCUUGCUGUUAGUCUUCUUGAUUGUACAGUCAAGAUUUUCUUUGCGGACACACUGAAGUUUUUUCUGUCAUUAUAUGGACACAAACUUCCUGUUAUGACCCUGGACAUCUCGUCAGAUAGCAGUUUGAUUAUCACCGGAUCAGCUGACAAGAACAUUAAGAUUUGGGGUUUGGAUUAUGGUGACUGUCACAAAUCGAUAUUUGGACACGAUGACAGUAUUAUGGGUUUGCAGUUUGUACCAAAGACCCACUACUUUUUCUCAGUUAGUAAAGACAAGACUGUGAAAUACUGGGACGCUGAUAAGUUUGAGCACAUAACGACACUUCAGGGUCAUCAUGCAGAGGUGUGGUGUCUCGCUAUAAGUCCAGAUGGAGAUUAUUUGGUGACAGGUUCUCAUGACAGAUCUCUGCGGCUGUGGGAGAAAACUGAUGAACCUUUGUUUGUGGAAGAAGAACGAGAGCAGGAGAGAGAGAAGGAAUUUGAAGAGAGUCUGGCACAGAACAUAGAGCGAGUGAUCCCAGGAGAGGUGGAUGGAGAAGCCGUUAAGGCCGGUAAAAAGACGAUGGAAACCGUGAAGGCGGCUGAGAGAUUGAUGGAGGCUAUUGAGCUUUACAAAGACGAAACAGCAAAGAUGGAAGAACAAAGCAGUGCGCAUGAGAAGGUGCCUUCUCGCCAUCCUAUCCUGGUUGCAUAUGGGAAUAUAACGCCUGCUCGUUACGUUCUUGAAGUUGUAAAGAAGAUUCGUUCAAGUGAAUUGGAAGAGUCACUGAUAGUUCUGCCAUUCAGUGUUGCAACGGAGAUGUUGACACUACUUAAUCACUGGCUUCAGCACGGCUGGGAGGUCGAAUUGUCCUGCAGAUGCCUCUCUUUCCUUCUGAGGAUUCACCACAAUCAGAUCGUCUCAAACCAUGUUCUUGUGCCAGUGAUCGACUCACUCCGACAGCACGCUAAAUCUCGUGUUCACAGUCUGCGGUUUGAAGAUCUAUUUCAUGACAUUUUGAAACUGGUGUUUCACGUGGACCUUGGCACAAUACUCAAGAAAAAUUCCCUGCUUAAAAUGACAUGA